CCCAUUUUGCUCGCGCCGUCCGCCCGCAGAGCGCACGAAACUCCUCCGGCAGAAGAGGACAAAGAGCUGCAAUGGACGGUGAUGUUGCAGUUGGUGUGAAGAGAGGCUCAGAUGAGCUCAGCAUGUACGGCAGCAGCCCUAACUCUCUGCCCGCAAAUGGCAGUGACAGUAAGAAGCAACGCUUGGAGGAGUCUCCCCCCUCCAGAGUUCUCCACAUCAGAAAACUUCCCAAUGAAGUGUCAGAGACGGAAGUCAUUGCUCUGGGCCUGCCUUUCGGAAAGGUCACCAAUAUCCUGAUGCUGAAGGGGAAAAAUCAGGCGUUUCUGGAGUUGGGCACAGAGGAAGCAGCCAUAACUAUGGUGAACUACUACACAGCCGUCACGCCUCAGGUCAGAAACUCCCCUGUAUUCAUCCAGUAUUCCAAUCACAAGGAACUGAAGACCGACUCUGCUCUGAAUCAGCGAGCUCAGGCAGUGCUACAGGCGGUGUCAGCCGUUCAGGACGGGAGCUCUCCAUCCUCUGACCCGGGAGUCUUGGACCUCGCUCCACCUCCGAGUCCGGUCCUGAGAAUUAUCAUCGACAACAUGUUUUAUCCGGUCACACUGGAUGUUCUACAGCAGAUCUUCAGUAAGUUUGGGACUGUCAUGAAGAUAAUAACCUUCACUAAGAACAACCAGUUUCAGGCUCUUCUUCAAUUUAGUGACCCUGUCAACGCACAGCAAGCUAAACUGUCGUUGGAUGGGCAGAACAUCUAUAAUUCAUGCUGUACUCUGCGAAUAGACUUCAGUAAACUGGUCAACCUCAAUGUCAAAUACAACAACGACAAGAGUCGAGAUUACACCAGGCCCGACCUUCCUACGGGAGACGGAGAGUCCACCAACAAGGAUCACUCUUUAUUAGGGACCCCAUCCGGAGCGCUCGCCUCCUACUCCAGUGGAGGAGGUUACUCAUCCUCGCUCUCCCUCUCGCAGGGCGGAGGAGCCAUCAGCCCCCUGAGCGCGGCGGCGGCGGCGGCAGCAGCUGCGGGUCGUGUCGCUCUGUCCGGCUCCGGCGUGUCGGGAGUUCUGUUGGCAUCCAACCUGAAUGAAGAGAUGGUCACGCCUCAAAGUCUCUUUACCCUCUUCGGGGUCUACGGUGAUGUUCAGAGGGUGAAGAUCCUCUACAACAAGAAAGACAGCGCGCUGAUCCAGCUGUCCGAUGGCAACCAGGCUCAGCUUGCCAUGAGCCACCUGAACGGCCAGAAGGUGUUCGGUAAGGUGAUGAGAGUGACUCUGUCCAAGCAUCAGACUGUGGCUUUGCCCAGAGAAGGACUGGACGACCAACUGCUCACUAAAGAUUUCUCCGGCUCGCCCCUUCAUCGCUUUAAGAAACCGGGAUCCAAGAACUUCCAGAACAUCUUUCCUCCCUCGGCCACACUUCACCUCUCCAACAUCCGGGAUGGAGUUGGAGAAGAGGAUCUGCGUCUUCUGUUUGCCAACAGUGGAGGAACCGUGAAGGCCUUCAAGUUCUUCCAGGACCGCAAGAUGGCCUUGAUCCAGAUGACGUCCGUAGAGGAAGCCAUCCAGGCGCUGAUGGAUCUUCACAACUACGACAUGGGAGGGAAUCACCACCUCAAAGUUUCCUUCUCCAAGUCCACCAUCUAACGCACCUGUAACACAUCAACACGGCGAGCGAGGGAGCGUUUCCGUUUCAGUCUUUUUCUGUGAAUAGUUUCCAGACGAAAAGAGAAUAUUCAGAUCACACCAAGUCAGAUUUCUUCACCAGUAGAAGCAUCAGUUACCUCAGUCCCAGCCCGACGGCCGCGCUGGUGUUUAUCUCCGCUCUCUGGUCCGCGGUUUGGACGACUUCAAGGGCCAGAGACUGUUUGGAUUGCACCAGAGCUGCGUGCUCUGGUGACGCGGGGCCCUCUUCAGAGAUGAGUCUGUUUCCACUUCAUUUCUUUUCUGCUGAGCUCCUUUAAUUAAUCAGCCUCCACUCCGUCAUCCGGCUUCCUGAAGCUUCCACCCUUUAUUUUUAGCCUCCAAAUUAGCAUUGUGCGUGUAGCUGCUCACUCCUCUCUGCCGCCUCUCAUUAUUUUCUGGUUGUGUGAGCAAGUCUUUGAUAGUAGUUUUUGACGCACUCCCCGACUCUCACUCCUUUUAAUGUCACCCUUUACAUUAAAAAAACAGACUGGAGUGCAUGAAGAGAUGCUGUUUUUUUUUUUUGUUUUUUUGUUUUUUCGGUCAGUAUCAGUUGCAAUGUAAACACUGGUGCUCAGUUUUACCUUACCGCACACUACUGACAGCUUUAAAAUGUGUCCCUGCAGGAUUGAGAAGGACUUAAAUCAUUUUAAUAUCUGCUUGAGGAUUUCAAUCCUCAAAAAAAAAAAAAAAAAGUUCAAACUGCUUGUUGUGCUUCAAGUGAUUUAUCAGCUCUCCUGAUCUUAUUUCCGUCACUGAACAAUCAUUUUGUGUGCGUUUCAUACAAGAAUCCCGUUUAAUCAGCAUUAACGCAGCCACACCGCAUCGCGUCAGUGUGACAUGAAAACAGCCACACUUCAGACUUUGAAUGUGUUUACAGUGGGAACGCAGCAACGGGGAUCUUUUUCCUCCAGGAACACAAGCUUCCUCUUUAAACGCCGUCCCAGCUGCGAGUGGGUGCACGCACACACACACACACACACACACACACACACACACACACACACACACACACACACACACACACACACACUCGCACACACACACAGGAUGCAUGCUAAUGCUGUCCAUUUGGAAGAGGCUUGUGGGAGAUCUGGAGGGACUAAAGCACACGUGCCUUUAGUCCGUGAUCUGGUUUUGCCAUUGAAACUCUUGUGUCUUCAGAAACAAAUCAUUUCAUUGGUAACCUCUGAUGAUCUUGUGUCGUGAACCUGUAAAAAUAGUGAUUUUUACAAAAAAAAAAAAAAAGACUCGAAAAGAAGCGAGCCUCUUCCCCUCAGUCUACGUGGAGAUGCAUGGAGAUCCUGAGGCCAUCUGAAAAGUGGAUUUUUAUUUUUCUGUUCGUUUUGGUUUUUUUUUUUUUUUGUUUUUUUUUUAGAGUUUUCUUCCUUUUUAGGCGAUUGUUGUAAAUUUUAUACUUGAGUUCAGUUUCUGAUUUUUGUGAUAAGAUUUGGGAUUAGCAACAAUUAAACGUGUUUUUUCUACCAAUGAGCCCACGGUAAAGUGUUUGUUUGUGUGCGUUUGGAUAGUUCCAGGCCUCUGCUCUCAUCUGUAUCCUACCUGAAUAAACUUCUCUCUCUCUGUUCA